CCUCCUUACCUAAUAGUUUAGUUAGUGACGGUUGAGAAGCUACAUUGUCCUGGUCAAUCCAUAUGCGAGCUUACAUGAUUUUUGAUAUCUGAGUUGGAAGCUUUAAUUGGUAUUUGUUGGACUGGUUUUAAUCUCCGGCAGAGGUUUUGCCGCCAAGUUCUCUCCAGAAGCAUUCAGUUACCAGUUUGGAGCCGCCCCGCCAUGGAUUCCACCGGCCAAAGGGGCAAUGCUAUCUCCGCUUUGACAUCAGAAAGACCCCAUUUUUUCAAGAUAAUUCUUGAAGAUACAAUCAAAGCAGAAAAACUUGGGAUACCAAGAAAGUUCGUGAAAAAUUAUGGAAGCCGCCUACCAAACUCAGUGUCACUUAUGGUUCCAACUGGUGCAGUUUGGCGGGUAGAAUUAUUAAAACACGAUGACGAUAUCUGGUUACAGAGCGGAUGGACAAAAUUUGCAAAAGAUAAACUAUCCAUGCGACAGACCUGUGAGUAGUGAGGAGCCUAAAGUUGAUGAAGAAUGGGAAAAGCCUGAGAUGGAAAGAACUGCGGAUAACUGGAUGACCUCACUACAAGCUAGAGAGCAAGAGAGACGUCAGCCGUUAAAUCUCCUUGCCCCCACAAGAAGAUUAGAAAUGAAUCAGCUGGUCAAACAGGGAGCAUUUCCUUGUCAGUUCCAUAUUCUAGACAAAAUGGUAAAUAUAGUGGGCCAAAGGUUGGUACUUCAUAUCGUUAUGGCAAAAAAAUUGGAGGUAAGAAGCCUUUGUCUUGCUUUUCCUCUUAUCUCAAAUGUAAUUCUGUCCUGUCUCGAAAGUCAUAAUUAUAUAUGAUUUUUAUUGGUAAGUCAUAAUUAUAUAUGAUGAUUGGCUUGCUAAUGAAUCUUAGAAAACUGUUCUGCAAAGUGAAAACAGGGAUGUCUAGUGGUUGGAGAAGGUCGGAAGCUGGUGUUGUUAAGGGGAAGGAGACAUUGAAGUCCAACGAAAAGGUUAAAGCUUUCCAGAGAGCCAGUGCUUUUCAAUCUGAAAAUCCUUAUUUCAUGGUUGUGAUGCAACCAUCUUAUGUUAAUCCUGGAGGUAGAUUGAAGAUACCAGUAGAGUUUGGCAGAGACCAUCUUCCUGGAAAAAGGCGCAAUGAUGUCCGCUUGUGUGUUCCUGAUGGGAGAACUUGGUCUGUCGAAUAUCUCUGUUCUCCACCCCCACCAAAGUCGAAACGAGCAUUUGGUGAUGGCUGGAAGGAAUUUAUGCAAGAAAAUAGUUUGAAAAUUGGUGAUGUUUGUGUCUUUGAGUUGAUCAAUUCCUCCAGAAUCACAUUUAAGGUUUUCAUUUUCAAAGUUCUUGAAUAUCCAAAUAUUCAUCUGUCUCUAGACCAUGGAUGCACACUCAAAAUGCUUGAGCCUGAAGAAAGCUUGGAGACAACUAUUUUACCGGAUUUUACUGGCAAUCACGAAAGUGGGAUCUCUGAAUUGUCUGACCUAGAGACGAGCAAUGAAGCACAAACCCAGCUGUAAAUACAUUAUAACCUCUUAUAAUUUAUGAUUGUCUUUUGAUCGGGAUUACGAAAUAUAAGCUAUAACGAAGACGUAUCAAUGAUUUUUUUUCCUAUUUUUUUAAAAAACAGUCUCCUUGUAUAAAACCGAAAUGCG